AUGGCGACGAUAUCAAUGAGGUUAGAGAUAACCGAUCCGCUGAUAGAAUUACUUAUUGACAAGGAAACAAAGUAUCAAGUCUUGUUGUCAUCCACUAUUAUGCCAAUUCAUACCUCUUUACGAGAAGCGUUAGUAAGCGGAUACAAGGCUUUCGACGAUGUCGAAAAGUAUGCUGCGAACCCGAUGCCUGUCGGUUAUUCCACGAAUUUUUCAUAUUGGCGU